AUGAGCAACGCGCAAACAGGGAGCUCGGUGGGUACUGGUUCCGCUUCUGGUCAACGACCAGUGUCCAAAGCGGAAGCCUCGAACCCGCGAGAGUUCCAGCUCAACCAGCUCAGAAGACGGUUCCAUCCGACAGAAACCAGCAAUGACGAAGGAACGACAUUGACUUUUGGCUUGGCUCCCUCAGAUCCUGACUUUCCGUUCGAUAUGGACAAGCUUCAGUGCAUUUUGCAUGUUCCUGGGACGUAUCCGGCGCAAGGACGGCCGUCUAUCAAAGUCACCAAUCCAGAAAUGGGCAGUGCGUUUCAGGAGAAUAUCUCGAGAGGAUUCGAUGAUAUCGUCGACAGCACUAUCAGAAGUGGUAGUGGGGGGACUUUGCUCAGCUGGAUGAACAGUCUUGAUCGGCAUCUGGAACGUUUGCUCACUACUACGGAACGGGGGCCGACGUUGAAGUUUGUGCCUAAUGUGGGCAGCAAAGAGCAGUCAGAAGAGCAGAAGAUAGUGUCAAAUAUGAGUGCUCUAGCUGUGUCUUCUGGGAAGAAGACAUAUCCGGCUCCGGUGGAAAAAGCGAGUCCUAAGCCUCCGGCUCCUGUAUACACCGCGGAAGAGAAGGCUCAGGCGGAGAAAAGACGAGCAGUCGAGACGAAGCAACUCGACGCUCGUCUGGGAAGGCUACCUCUUUUUCAAAAGUCCAACGAUGGCCUGUCUUUCGUCAUCCCGAUUCAACCGACUAAGCUAGAUCGUCUGCCUAUUUCUCUUCGCUCUGUUAAGACAGUGAAGCUCCUAGUGCCUAGCUUGUAUCCUCUUGAACCGAGUACUGUUCAUUUGCAGGGCAUUGAUAGCCCAGAAGGACGAGCUGUGGAAGCUGGCUUCUCGCAGUGGCUUGAAGGGAACAAACAGUUGAAUCUUGUGUCUCAAGUGAACUACUUGACAAGCAAUAUGCAUAAAUUUGCCAAAACGCCGCUAAAAGCCCCUGAACCAGCUUCUGCGCCUGCGGUAUCUGAUGAUAUAGUACCCAGCGAGCCUCCAUCUCAAGCAGAAGGGGUGACAUUGGAGGAUAAGCCACAUGUUCACGUUGUGCCCCGGCCCCCUGAAUGGGCUGUGGGCGAACACGGUAGUGGCACUGACGACUCAGACAUGACUCCUUCUGAGGAUGAGUUUUCUGACGACGAUGAGGAGGAAGGCGGUGCUCCAGUCCCGGAUCUCCCGGCGCCUACGACGAUCGAGCGUGGAGUCGCCCUUUCUUUCCCUUUUCUGGAGCUUUACGGGAUUGAGCUUUUAGAGCUCGUAGGUCUCUAUAUAACCAUCAAAUGUGACCGAUGCAAGGAGCCAUUGGAUGUCAGGAAUAUCCCACAGAUCAAGGACAAGAGCGAUGAGCUGUCUCCUAAGAUCGAGACCUGCAAGAAAUGCGCGAAUACCAUGAGCCUUGGGUUCCGUCGACAACUUAUGCAUCCUAGCGCCACUCGUGCGGGUUACCUUGACUUGGAUGGAUGCACAGUCGUAGAUCUUCUGCCUAGCCAUACGCUGACAACCUCCGCAGUAGCUUUAUCCCAACCUGUGCGGAAUGCUCAACAGCGUUUCCCGCGCCCGGUGUCGUUGCAGUUCGAGGUGAAAGUGCCAUGGCCAAUUGCCGACAAUGUCACCGCAAAAUGGAAUGCUGAUUGCUAUCCAAUAGAUUCAUCUCGUUUCCGCGAGCCUCCACGGAAGAAGCCCAAGGAAGUCCUUGGCAUCGUUGCCGGACAAGAAUUGCCUCGUCGUGGCCGAUGUACGCACUAUGGCAAGAGCUAUCGGUGGUUCAGAUUUAGCUGCUGUGCGAAGGUCUUCCCUUGCGAUAAGUACGAGAACACCAUGCUAGCUUCCUCUAUCAAAGCUAAUAUAAGCAGAUGCCACGAUGCCGCUACAGACCAUCCCAAUGAGCAUGCUAAUCGUAUGAUUUGCGGCUUCUGCUCGCGAGAGCAAAUCUACCGUCCCGAAAACUGCGGAAUAUGUCGAGCGGUGCUUAUUGGGAAAGCCGGAAGCGGUUUCUGGGAAGGCGGAAAGGGAACGAGGAACAGAGUACUGAUGAGUCGAAAGGAUCCACGGAAAUAUAAGCGUCGCGGGGGAACGACACCAGGCGGUGCCAGUUCUUCGAAAAAGUAG